AUGUUCUUGAUCGCAGUCGCCUUCCUCGCUCUUUACUUCCUGUUCAAUGGCCUCCUCCUUCCGGCAUGGCGAGAACGACAGGCUAUAGAAGAAGGUCUCGACAAUCCCGAAUCCUUUGGUCAUCAGGUUCCCGAUCCGUUCAGUGGCAUUACACAAUUACAACAAAUACCACACAAAUAUGUGCCCGGUGGUGCAUCCGAUCCGGAUGGCAAGAGACGUCUAAUUUUCAUUGGCGACAUACACGGCUGCAAGAACGAACUUCUUGAACUGUUGAAGGUUGUCGGAUUCAACAAGGAAAUGGACAAGAUUAUUGCGACUGGCGAUGUCAUCGCAAAAGGGCCUGACUCUCCUGGUGUCAUAGACACGCUAAUGUCUCUUGAUGCUCUAUCCGUGCGUGGUAAUCACGAAGACCGUGUCUUGUUGGCUGCCAAUGCGCGAACCACCGCCGAAAGUCCUGCCGAAAGCAAUGACGAGUCCUCCACAGAUGUCUCGGCUGCGUCAAGAGGUGCUGGACUCAAAGGAGAGGCUCUUCUUGACUACCUCAAACCGCGCCAUCUCAAGUGGCUUCGUUCGCUCCCACUGAUCAUUCAUAUUCCUGCACUUGCUCCACCAAAGCGUCCUGCUCCAACGACUUCUGUCGCAGACACUCUCAGUAAGAAGAAGCCAAAGAAGACUUUCCAGAUCUUAGAUGAUAUCAAUAUCGUACAUGCUGGCCUCGUCCCGUCUGUGCCUCUCCUUCGACAAGAUCCCUUUUCUGUCAUGAACAUGAGAUCCAUGUCACCAACCAACCAUGUGCCUAGCGAGAACCGCAAGAGAGGCAUCCCAUGGGAACGUGUCUGGGGAUGGUACAACGACCGCAUUGCACGCACUCACUCAACGUUCAUGUCUUGGCUGUUCGGUUUUACUACCGAGUCUUCAGAAGCCAGUGAAUGGUGGAAAUCAUGGCAUGGCAUGCACAGCAGCAGAGACGAUGAUGGGGAAGCACAAACAUUGAUCAAACAUUCGAAACCAUCUGUUGUCGUGUAUGGCCAUGACAGUCCUCGUGGCCUGAAUCUACACAGAUGGAGCAAGGGCCUUGACAGUGGCUGUGUCAAUGGCGAUCAGCUCUCUGCCAUGGUCCUGAACGCCUGGGGCCAAGCAGAGAUUGUCCAGGUAGACUGCAAGCACCGCAAAUGA